AUGCCUGUCCGACGAGGCCACGUCGCACCCCAAAACACUUACCUGGACACCAUCAUCCGCAAGUUCGAGGGCCAGAGUCGUAAGUUCCUGAUUGCCAAUGCUCAGAUGGAGAACUGCGCCAUCAUUUACUGCAACGAUGGCUUCUGUGAACUCUUUGGCUACUCCCGAGUGGAGGUGAUGCAGAGACCCUGUACCUGUGACUUCCUCACAGGUCCCAACACCCCAAGCAGUGCCGUGUCCCGCCUAGCGCAGGCCCUGCUGGGAGCCGAGGAGUGCAAGGUGGACAUUCUCUACUACCGCAAGGAUGCCUCUAGCUUCCGCUGCCUGGUGGAUGUGGUGCCCGUGAAGAAUGAAGACGGGGCUGUCAUCAUGUUUAUCCUCAAUUUUGAGGAUCUGGCCCAGCUCCUGGCCAAGAGUAGCAGUCGAAGCUUGACCCAGCGCCUAUUGUCCCACAGUUUCCUGGGCUCUGAGGGCUCUCACAGCAGGCCAGGAGGACAGGGGCUUGGCUCAGGCCGAGGCAAGUACAGAACUGUCAGCCAGAUUCCACAAUUCACGCUUAACUUUGUGGAGUUCAACCUGGAGAAGCACCGCUCCGGCUCCACCACGGAGAUUGAGAUCAUCGCUCCCCAUAAGGUAGUGGAGCGGACACAGAAUGUCACAGAGAAGGUCACCCAGGUCCUGUCCCUGGGCGCAGAUGUGCUUCCAGAGUACAAGCUACAGGCACCCCGCAUUCACCGUGGCACCAUCCUGCAUUACAGUCCCUUCAAGGCCGUAUGGGACUGGCUCAUUCUGCUGCUAGUCAUCUACACAGCUGUUUUCACACCCUACUCAGCCGCCUUCCUGCUCAGUGACCAGGAUGAGUCACAGCGUGGCACCUGCGGCUAUACCUGCAGCCCACUCACUGUGGUGGACCUCAUUGUGGACAUCAUGUUCGUCGUGGAUAUUGUCAUCAACUUCCGCACCACCUAUGUCAACACUAAUGACGAGGUGGUCAGCCACCCCCGCCGCAUCGCAGUCCACUAUUUCAAGGGUUGGUUCCUCAUUGACAUGGUGGCUGCCAUCCCUUUUGACCUGCUUAUCUUCCGCUCUGGCUCAGAUGAGACUACCACCUUGAUUGGGUUACUGAAGACAGCGAGGCUGCUGCGGCUGGUGCGUGUGGCAAGGAAGCUGGACCGCUACUCUGAGUACGGGGCUGCUGUACUAUUUCUACUUAUGUGCACCUUUGCACUCAUCGCACACUGGCUGGCCUGCAUCUGGUAUGCCAUCGGCAACGUGGAGCGACCCUACCUGGAGCCCAAGAUCGGCUGGCUGGACAGCCUGGGUGUACAGCUUGGCAAACACUAUAAUGGCAGCGACCCUGCCUCAGGCCCUUCUGUGCAGGACAAGUAUGUCACUGCCCUCUACUUCACCUUCAGCAGCCUCACCAGUGUGGGCUUUGGCAACGUGUCACCCAACACCAACUCUGAGAAGGUCUUCUCAAUCUGCGUCAUGCUCAUCGGCUCCCUUAUGUAUGCCAGCAUCUUCGGCAACGUGUCGGCCAUCAUCCAGCGCCUGUACUCCGGCACCGCACGCUACCACACGCAGAUGCUGCGCGUCAAAGAGUUCAUCCGCUUCCAUCAGAUCCCCAACCCGCUGCGGCAGCGCCUGGAAGAGUACUUUCAGCACGCCUGGUCCUACACCAACGGCAUCGACAUGAACGCGGUGCUGAAGGGCUUCCCCGAGUGCCUGCAGGCUGACAUCUGCCUGCACCUGCACCGCGCCCUGCUGCAGCACUGCCCCGCCUUCCAUGGCGCGAGCAAGGGCUGCCUGCGUGCAUUGGCCGUCAAAUUCAAGACCACGCAUGCGCCGCCCGGGGACACGCUGGUGCACCUGGGCGACGUGCUCUCCACCCUCUACUUCAUCUCCCGCGGCUCCAUCGAGAUCCUGCGCGAUGACGUGGUCGUGGCCAUUUUAGGGAAGAAUGACAUCUUUGGGGAGCCUGUUAGUCUCCAUGACCGGCCAGGAAAGUCCAGUGCUGACGUGCGUGCCCUGACCUACUGUGACCUGCACAAGAUCCAGCGGGCAGACCUACUGGAGGUGCUGGACAUGUACCCCACCUUUGCAGACACCUUCUGGAAUAAGCUGGAGGUCACAUUUAACCUACGGGAUGCAGAUGGGGGUCUCCAGUCAUCACCCCAACAGGUUCCAGGAAACGAAGACCACCAAGGCUUCUUCCUCAAUGACAGCCAGUCAGGUGCGGCACCUUCUCUGAGUAUGUCAGAUGGGUCUGGGCUCUGGCCUGAAUUGCUACAGCAAAUUCCCUCAAGUCCCCCAAACCCACAGCAAGACCCAGACUGCUGGCCUCAGGAACUGGGCUCCAGACUGGAGCAGCUCCAGGCCCAGAUGAAAAGGCUGGAGUCCCGCAUGUCCUCAGACCUCAGCCGCAUCCUACAGCUGCUUCAGCAGUCCAUGCCACAGGGCAUGGGAGCUUCUGCCUCAAGUAACCUGGCCUUGUUUCCUGCAACCUUAGCAACUCAGAGUCCAAGGCCCAGGCUUCCCUUGGACCACGUGCCCCCUGCACAGACCCUAAGCUAUGGUAACUUGGACAAAUAUAUGCAGAAGACCAGGAAUUCCUUCUCCAGGGUGCCUUAUCUGGCUGUGGCAAUGGACAAAACUCUGGUGCCAUCCUCAGAACAGGAGCAGUCUGAGGGACUCCUGUCACCCCUGGCCUCACCUCUGUGCCCCCUGGAGGGACAAGGAUUUAUCUGUGGCCCUUGCUUUCCCUCCCUCCCUGAACACCUUGGCUCUGUCCCCAAGCAGCUGGAGUUCCAGAGACAUGGCUCAGAUCCUGAUUCACAAGGAGUUAGGCUGUUGGACCUCAGGAUAAAAGCCACAUUCAAUGAGGGCAUUGAAAGAAGGUGAAGUGGGAAUAGAUAGAAUUCUGAAGACCAUUCUCUUAGAAACUGCAAACUAAUGACCCAUGUGACCCAGGAUGGCCUGAGUGGAGAGGCUCAGGACUUGGUCCAGCCUCCUUGGAGUUCCAUGUAGUCAGAAAGCCAGGCAAAGGGUCAAGCAAAGAGGUAGCUUACAAGAUGCAGGGGUCAGUAAAGGAAGAAAUUUCUGAUCUUCUUGGAAGUCUUGGCUGCGGCUGCAUGUGAUCACCUUCUUAGAACUGUCCACUGCAUCAAAGCCCAAAUGAAGGCCAGGGUUUGGCCAGACCUUUUGCCAAAAGCCUCUAACAUGGCCAGAAAUAGAGGUGUCCUCUGUGGUGGACCUGGAGGACAGAGCUCCAGCUCUCAGCCCUUCUACCCCUGAAAAUUCCAUGACAACAUCUGGGUCCCUUGAGGGCAGUGUGGUGUCCAGCUAAUAAAGUCUUGAGCAUAUAUUGGGCUAGACAUGUAACUUUUCUGAGUAUCAUCAGGUCCAUGCCUGUACU